GCGCGGGAGAACGCGGAAGUGAAGCCUCUGCUCCUGCUCGAGUCUUGUUGUUGUUUUCUUCUUCUCCUCCUGAAGGAUUAUUAGACUAUUAAUAAUAAUAACUACAGACUGACUGAGGAACCAUGGCGGUGAGCGCCGUCCACCUGGAGUCCGACGCCUUCCUCGUGUGCAUGAACCACGCGCUGAGCACCGAGAAGGAGGAGGUGAUGGGUCUGUGCAUCGGCGAGGUGGAGACGUCGCGCAUCGUCCACAUCCACUCCGUCAUCAUCCUCCGCCGCUCGGACAAGCGCAAGGACCGGGUGGAGAUCUCCCCCGAGCAGCUGUCCGCCGCGUCCACGGAGGCGGAGCGGCUCGCCGACAUGUCGGGCCGGCCGAUGCGCGUGGUCGGCUGGUACCACUCGCACCCGCACAUCACCGUGUGGCCGUCGCACGUCGACGUGCGCACGCAGGCCAUGUACCAGAUGCUGGACCAGUGCUUCGUGGGCCUCAUCUUCUCGUGCUUCAUCGAGGACAAGAACACGAAGACGGGCCGCGUGCUCUACACCUGCUUCCAGUCCGUGCAGGCGCAGAAGGGCUCCGAGUACGACCGCGUGGAGAUCCCCGUGCACGUGGUGCCGCGCGACGCCAUCGGCAAGGUGUGCCUGGAGUCGGCCGUGGAGCUGCCGCGCAUCCUGUGCCAGGAGGAGCAGGACACGUACCGCAAGAUCCACGGCCUGGCGCACCUGGACCCCGUCACCAAGAUCCACAACGGCUCCGUGUUCACCAAGAACCUGUGCAGCCAGAUGUCGGCGGUGAGCGGCCCGCUGCUGCAGUGGCUGGAGGACCGGCUGGAGCAGAACAAGCAGAGCGUCGCCGAGCUGCGGCGCGAGAAGGAGAAGCUGCUGCGGGAGCUGGCCGCCCUGUGAGCCGCGAGGAGGGAGGAUGGAGGACAGGGUGGAGGGAGGACAGGACAGGAUGAUGGAGGGAGGAC